UGUCAUGUAAAACGCGCAUGCUUGCCUGAAGAGUCGGACCACCGCGCAGCUCCUGCUCCACCGCCUCACGCGCGCCUCUGGAAUGGUUUUGCACAGCAGUCUCGCAUUUUGACGUUGACAAGACGAAACUUCACGAAGGAUCUUGUUUUUUUACUCUGGUUUAUGUUUGUUUCUUCAUGACUGACGCGUUCGGGAGCAAGACGCCACCACUAUGCGAGCUCAAAUUGAAGUUAUACCAUGCAAAAUCUGCGGGGACAAGUCAUCUGGCAUCCACUAUGGAGUCAUCACAUGUGAAGGUUGUAAGGGUUUCUUCAGGCGGAGUCAACAGAACAACGCCUCAUACUCUUGUCCCCGUCAGCGCAACUGUUUGAUUGACAGAACGAACCGCAACCGCUGCCAGCAUUGUCGGCUACAAAAGUGCCUGGCUCUGGGCAUGUCCCGGGAUGCUGUUAAAUUCGGCCGCAUGUCGAAGAAGCAAAGGGACUCUUUGUACGCAGAGGUGCAGAAACACCAGCAGCGGAUGCUGGAACAGCGGCAGCAGCAGACAGGCGAGGCGGAGGCCCUCGCCCGCGUUUACUCCACCAGCCUCACCAACGGCCUCAGCACCCUGAACCAUGAGAUAGGAGGCACGUAUGCCAACGGUCACAUCAUAGACAUGCCCAAGGGACAGCCGAACGUCGUCGCCGGAGGCUUCUACAGCAUGGACUCCACCCAGCCCAGCCCCGAUCAGUCUGGACUGGAUAUGACAGGAAUGAAGCAGAUCAAGCAGGAACCCAUAUACGAUUUAACCCCUGUUCCCAACCUCUUCACUUACGGCUCCUAUCAGGACAGCCAGCUGGCACCUGGAGUGUCCAUGGGGGAGUUAGACCGAAUCGCGCAGAACAUCAUAAAGUCCCACCUGGAGACGUGUCAGUACACAGCAGAUGAGCUUCAGCAGCUAACCUGGCAGACGCACUCCUACGAAGAGGUCAAGAUGUACCAAAGCAAGACACGGGACGUUUUGUGGCAGCAGUGCGCUAUACAGAUAACUCAUUCCAUUCAGUAUGUGGUAGAGUUUGCCAAGCGCAUCACUGGCUUCAUGGAACUGUGUCAGAAUGACCAGAUAUUACUGCUGAAAUCAGGUUGUUUGGAAGUUGUGCUGGUCAGAAUGUGUCGGGCAUUUAACCCUCUCAACAACACCGUUCUGUUUGAGGGGAAAUAUGGAGGCAUGCAGAUAUUUAAAGCUCUAGGCUGUGAUGAUCUGGUCAGUGCAGUUUUCGACUUUGCCAAGAGUCUGUGUGUACUGCAGUUAACCGAAGAGGAGAUCGCUCUGUUUUCUGCUGCAGUGCUCAUAUCUACAGACCGGCCGUGGUUAAUGGAGCCGAGGAAAGUGCAGAAGCUACAAGAGAAAAUCUACUUUGCCCUGCAGCACAUCAUGCAAAAGAACCAUCUGGACGAGGACGCGCUGGCCAAGCUGAUUGGUCGAAUCCCCACGCUGUCUGCACUGUGCACUCUCCACACCGAGGAGCUACAGGCUUUUCAGCAGCUCCACCCAGAGACGGUUAACAUGCUCUUCCCACCGCUUUAUAAAGAGCUCUUCAACCCUGAUGCCGGAAGCGUCAUGCCCAAAUGACCGCGCACAUUCACACCUACAACAAUGGAUGGAAAAGCAACAGGUCUUUCCAUCAGCAAGCGAUGGGCCGAGGAUGAACACUUGUCAGCAGUACCCACCAUAUUUUGCAGCUACAAAAAACUUUCGGAAUGUCCUGCACUUCAAAAAAUUCCACUCAAUUUCACCGGUACAGUCAUAAGAAUGUAUAUAUGCGCCAGCGACAAAAGGCGCCUUCAAGUUUGACCAGAAAUGUACAGACUUUAGGACAAUUUAAGAUGUCUUUGAUUUGGGUAAGUUUAUUUGUUUGUUUGACCCAUAUUUUUGUUUUUAUAAAAUAUUGAAAUUUGGGCUGGGGAUGCAUUCUAAAAUGAUCAAGUAGUCUUUUCUUUAGUAUAAAGCGGUAUUCCAGUAUUAAAUCUCAUUCUGUUAAUAUUUUAGACAUUAUUUAAAAACAACAGCGGCCCGUCUAUGCGGCCAGUACCUUGUCAAUGUAAUUUUUCGUAUUUGUUUUGUAGUUUUACCUGUACAGAAUAUUCAAGAAACUUGUAUAAGGUUAACAGGGGACUAACUUUGUUUGGCCACGUUUAAAAGCCUUGUCUGGGCUAUGUAGAUAUGUAUAAAAAGCACACACUAAUUUUACACUUUUAAAGUGGGUAAAAUUGAUAAUGGAUAGUUUUCCAUACGUAACUAUAGAGAUAUAUAUUUUACGAAAAAUGAAUGGCUCUUGUCAGUCAUUGCUGCAAUAACACUUUCUGCAUAAACUGCUAAAAAACAAUCCAGUCAUUCGUGAUUUACGGGAAGCCCUCACAACUGCUUCUAAUCUGUAAUCCUUUUUACCCUAAAUGCCUCAAAAUAUGUUCUUACUGCCACACUGCCAAAACCAACACAUUAGUGUAGUUAAGCUUUAGUAGCUCUUAUUCUGGGAAAGCAUAUGUAGCUAAACAAUCAGAUCUCUUUUCUGUUGCCUUCAUAGUAGAAUCUGUUACUCAAGCAAUAAUAUCUAAACCAUCAUCAAAUGCCCAGAUCAGGUACAGUAGGUUUAAAAUGUAACAACACUUAAAAAUACUUGUUAUUUGUAUAUUUGUCCAUUUAUUUAGAUAUUUUAUCUUGUUCCAAUUUGCAAUUGUGACGCAAUCUAUAAAAAACAGGCUUAAGUCUAGUCUAAAGGAGACGUUAUGUGAUAAUCAAAGAUAAUUGAAAGAAGUUUGAUUUCAAGCAUUCAUUUCAUUAUAAUUUUAAUCCUUGACAUGGUUUUAUUCAGUUAAUAUUAAAGAUAUUAAGAUUAUACUUUCACAGAAUGUUCUUCACAUUAUGUAGGACAAGUUUAUGUAGAAAACAGUAAAGCACUAAAAAGCUGCCUGUUCACAGGCAGGGAUACAAUUGAGGUUGCCUCGAGAUAUUUUAAAGAAAUCGUUCUUCUAUCAUAAUCUCUUUUAAAAUUAAGCAUUCCCAAUAUAGCAGUUAUUUGAUAUAUACCAAUGCUAGUCAACAGCAAACAUACAGGGUUACUAGUGAAACUUUGAAAAUAAUUUAGGAGUUCCCAGCUUUGGGACAGGAUCCUAAUGCGAUUCUUGAAGUUCUUCAAGAACCAAAUAAUGUAUCCUACUGAAACUAACAGCUAAACUAAGUUUUGUCUUAUAACUUAGUUGGUCAAAAAUUAAUUGAGCAAAUCAAAUAAAUCAUUAAGGACGCAUUGACAAGCAUUCUUAAAGGGACAGUUCACCUAAAAAUAAAAAUUCUGUCAUCAUUUACUCAACCGCUUGUCAUUUCAAACCCCUGAGGUUUUUUCUCUUGCAGAACACAAAAGAAAAUAUUUUGAAGAAUGUUGGUCAUCAAUAAAAUGACCAUUCACCUGCAUUGGUUUUGUGUCCAUACAAUAGAAAUAAAUAGGUACCGCUGUUUUUUCGAUGACCAACUAUCUUUUGAAAGGAAAGUCAUACAGGUUUGACAUGAUAAUAGGGCGAAUAAAUGAUGACAGAAUAUUCAUUUUUGAGUGAACUAUCCCUUUAAAUAGACACAGCAAAGCGUUUUGACAUCAUCUAUAAUAUAGUUUCACUGACAAUCAUCUUUGUGUCAUUAUUUAAAUGAUCAGUACUCACAUUUCAGACUUUUAUACCUGUAAUGACAAGAGUGUGUGUUGUUCUGUCAGAAAAAGUUUAAGACACUUCACAACAUUCUCUGAAAACCUGAGCUGCUUGGUUCUGAAGUACCAUCUCAUCCCACCAGAUGGCGAUUACGAGAGUGCUUUCCCCUUGACCUGAACUAACUGGAUCUAAAGCCAUAUGUCAGUUUCAUAUGAAGGAAUGAGAAAAUUCGGAUUUACAGAUCAGUGAACUUUAACCUUGACGCAUUUAUAUUGUGAGAUGCACUUGAAAGCACUUAAUUUUGAUGGUAUAAUAACAUGAAGGACACAACAUGCACACAUUUAGUCAGUUGAAGAAAUUGUUAAACGUUCUCUCAUUAACCAAACACUCAGCCCAACGUUAGUGAAUCAAUUCCUUGAUUUUACAAUUUCCUGUUCAAGACAAUCAAUUCUGGGUGCAACUUUUCAAGCAUCCGUCUCAGGGACUUCUCUUAUAAUAUUUUCAAUAGAGAGUACUAUUUUAAGAAUAUGGACCUUUUUAAGGAAAACAUACAAUCACAGCGGUUUCCUCAAACUCGAAACCCACCCAGACAAGGCUUUGCUAUGUGUAUGUGUGUAAAAAGCGUGUACCUACUGUAUCGACGAGAGAUCAAACAGGCUGAAGUCACCUGCUUUCUCUCUUUUUGUAAAUAUGGACGUGCAGAGAAGCACCCGCGGUGAUGUCUGUGCUCCAAAUGAGAAGCAUUGUAAUUAUUAAGCAUCUUCUGAAAUGAAAUGGAUUUUAUGUAAGUUAGAUUAUUUAUACAGAGCGUUAAUAAGCUGCUCUAUUUCUAUUUCUAUGCUCAUUACAGAAAAACGGAUGAAGUCGGAAAUCGCGUUUUAAACGUACGAUGAAGGCAUUUUUUUGUACUAGACUGUGAAUCGAGGGCGAACUGAAUUUGUAUAUGUGAGGUGGAGAACACUGUUAGGUACUGUAGCAAUAAUGAAGCAUUUACUACAGUCGUGUUUGCAUUCUAAGAUUUUUAUUUUAUUAUAAUUAUAUUAUUAUUACUCUGUUGUUGUUCAGCUAUCUUUGCAUGCUGGUUCAUAAUAA